CCUUUCUUCACCUUGAAGAAGCGCAAAAUGGAUCAGGGUUUUUAACUCCCCACCUCCUCAGCCUUGGGACAGUGAGAAAAGUUCAGUGGUGCUUACGGUGGGAGUGAAGGGACUGGGGCCGGUUCAAGCAGGCUUACAUAUUAAACCGUCGUAUCAAACGCAAGCCACGGUCUGACAAGAAAUGUAACCCGAGGAGAAAGGACACCAGUGCGUUUGAGCACGCUGAGGGAUUCUUGCAUGACCUGUCACUCUUUCAGUGCCGUAGCCUGAGCAGGUCUUACUGGUUUUUGCCGAAGUGGUGGGAGCUGAAUGGGGUGUAGGCUCAUUUCUAUUCAUCCUCAGACGUCUCUGCAAUCUUCUCUUCUCUUUUUUAAUUUCCCCCUGGAUAUAAAUCAGAGAAAUUGUGUCCAUCAAGUUUGCUGCCACCUGAGCUCGACCCAGCUGUAUCAAUUUUGGAGGAUACCCUUGCUGCAAUCCUCUGGAUGUGCUCCUAAGAGAAGAAGAAGCUAAACCAAUUUGGCAUCGUUGCUGUAGUUUGAGGAAAAACAUUUCUUCUGACUUCGGAGAGAGCUACGAGAAGGAUCUGUAUGAUGUCCUGAUCUCCCUCCAUUUUCCCUGCUGAGCAUGGGGUAACAGUGUGUGACCAUGGUGGUCACUCAGUUACAAUUGGAACUGUGCUUCCACGGCAAGAAACUGAGACGUUUCACCUGCAAGUUGACCAGAUCAGCCAGUGGAUUUCUCCCAGAGACUUCAUUCUCCAUUGCCUCCCAGAUUUUCGUGCCAUUCCUUCUGGCUGGCUUGGGAAUGGUAGCUGCUGGCCUCUUGAUGGAUGUUGUUCAACACUGGGAUGUGUUUCGGACAAUUACCGAAGUGUUUAUCCUGGUUCCUGCCUUGGUUGGCCUGAAGGGCAAUCUGGAGAUGACACUGGCAUCCAGGCUCUCUACUGCUGCUAACACUGGACAGAUGGAUGAUGCCCAGAAGCAAUGGAAAAUGGCCACCUGCAAUUUAGCCCUUAUCCAGGUCCAGGCCACUGUGGUGGGACUGCUGGCUGCUGUUGCUGCUGUGAUCCUGGGGGCCAUCUCUAAGGGCUCUGUGGAGCUGAGCCAGGCUGCUGUGCUGUGUGCCAGCAGCGUGACCACGGCCUUCAUAGCUGCGCUGUCACUUGGUCUGGUGAUGAUUGGCGUGAUCAUCGGAGCAAGGAAAGUUGGGAUCAACCCAGACAAUGUUGCCACACCCAUAGCAGCAAGCCUUGGAGAUUUGAUAACCCUUUCCCUGCUGGCGGGAAUCAGCAGUACACUCUUCAAAUACAUAGAUGUGAAAUACCUUUCUCCUCUGAUCUGUGCUGUCUUCAUUGUCAUGAUCCCUCUCUGGGUUGCUAUUGCCAAGCAAAGCCCUUCUCUUGCUGAAGUCCUGAAAUCUGGAUGGCAGCCGGUUAUUGUUGCAAUGAGCAUCAGCAGCAUUGGUGGGCUCAUCCUGGACAAAACUGUAACUGACCCAAACUUUGAAGGCAUGGCAGUUUUCACACCUGUGAUUAACGGUGUUGGAGGGAAUCUGGUCGCCAUCCAGGCCAGCCGAAUUUCUACAUUCCUGCACUUCUGGAGCAUGCCUGGAGUUUUGCCGUACAAGAUGAGGCAGAAUUGGCCCAACCCAUGCACCACAUUCUUCUCAUCAGAGGUGAAUUCCAAGUCAGCUCGGGUCCUGUUCCUCCUGGUUAUCCCAGGUCACCUCGUGUUCCUCUACACCAUCCAUCUGCUGCAAGGAGGCCACACGUCUCUGUCCUUCACCUUUGUGAUGUUCUAUCUGACUGCUGCUUUGCUGCAGGUGGGAAUCCUGCUCUACGUGGCUGACCUAAUUGUGCGUCUGAUGUGGAGGAAGGCUCUGGAUCCGGAUAAUUUCUCCAUCCCCUACCUCACUGCCCUGGGGGAUCUCCUGGGCACUGGAUUCCUGGCCAUCUGUUUCCGCCUAGUUUGGCUCAUCCAUGGCGCAGACAUGAACCUGGGGAACUGAGAGACCACGCGCAGAUCCGCGUCCCUCGUGCGAUACGGUGCUUUCCUCUGGGACAACAGGGUACUUGGCGAUGACUGCUGGGUCACCCAGCUGGAUUGGGCCUCCCCUGCCACCCUGACACUUCCCCUCCCCAUCGUGCCUUACAGCUGGGCUCGCCUGCCCCGAGGAAUCAGCACCCACAGACUUGCACCCUGGCAAGUGAGCGAGCCGGUUUUAAGAAGCGCCCGCUGCUCACACCUGCACCCAACAAACAAGGGGCUAAGGAGUGUUUGGGCCAUUGGUAAUGAAUGAGCAUUUUGGUCAGUGGUUUCAGUCCACCUACACGGCCCUGAGGCUGCUCCAAAGCCUGCCGAGGUCACUGCACCUGAUCCUCCAAGUGGAUGUCGCAGCCCCUCCAUUGGUAACUCUGACUUUCCCUCAAGGGAAAUUCUUUAUUCACCCCCCUUUCCUCCUGCUGAAUCCCUGGAGGAGGAGAGCAACUAGGUCUUUAAACUUGUCUCCUCUCCAUCGCUCAGACAGAUGCUCAGGAUCUGAGGCAGUGAGCUGCUGGCUCCCGCCCAGCAGGAGGUUAUGUAGGGAUACCACCUACCUGCCCUGGCAGCAUCACUGGUGUCUGACCGACAAGCUGGUUUGAUUGCAUUUUGGGGGUAGGAAGGUUUGUUUUUACGGUUUAUGAAAUACCCAGUAGUUAAAAUGUUUAUAGAAACACAUAUAUAAAUAAAGUGGGUAAAAAAAAAAUGAAAUGCUGUGGAUUUGGGGAUUGUUUUUUUCUUGCUAUGACUCUGCCUGUUUCUAGUUCUAACUUGUCAGGUAGAACUUCUUGCUUCUUUCUCAUCCAUUCAGGUUGGACAAUGCAAUUUUAAUAGAGCUUCUGGAAAAUCAGUGUUUCCUAACCGAGAGCAGCCUUUUGCUGGCCACGUUUCAGCUCCUCCAAUUUGGCACUGGCUUGAGCAGUCCUGGAAAAUAACUCCUCCUGCCUCACCACCAUCACUCCUCCUUGCUGCGUGUCCCCCACUGCCUUGGAGAGGUCUUCUUUGGAGCUUGGUGCUUUUGCUGCUCAUAUGGACCAGGUAAGGCUGGUUCUAAAGACAAGCUGAUGAAGACACCCCAGACCUCUACAGGAUCCUGAACACGUGAAACUUUUUCUGCUUUCCUCAUAAUAGUACAGAUUUGCCCUUGCUUCCUCCAAUCCUGCAAAAGCCCUGACUGGAGCCUGUGGCUCGAGCAGACUACAGGGGACCCCAGUCACACUCCAACAUCAAUUCCCACUGCCCAACACACAACUGCUUCUCUAUGUGCUUGCAGCAAAAGCCCUGGUACUGGUACAUCCCUUUAUUAGGGAUUUCUGGGAAGAACUCAGCUUAAUCUGGUUGUCACUGUUGACAGAGGACACGGAUGGGUACACAUAAUGGAUGCCAUCCGUGUCCUACUUGUGGGACUCGGCUGGGCCAGGGUGACCUAUGCUGCAGCUUGCCCAUGCUGGGCUUGGGGGAUUCCCACCUUGCAGGAGGCACUGGGGCUUGGAGCUGAUGUGGGGAGAUUAGAGGGCACAGCAAGACGUGCUGUUCUCCAUGGUACCCCUUGGUGGGCAGCCAAGCUUCAGCCUCGUGCUUGUGCACACAGUGCAGGGAGUGCACUUAAGACUCAAAAUUGCUUCCAGCCUCAAGCGAAAUGAUAUAACCAAAGGAAAUGGUUUCAAUAAAAGGGGAUUUUUUUUCCCUUUUUUUUAAGGGCAGCAAGAGGCUAGUUAUCUGGCUGUUCAGACUGUUUACGCUUUCUCUUUCCUCCUUUUUUUUCCCUGUGCGAAUGAGAAAGGGCCUUUGCUAACAAAGGUUAUAUGUAACCCUGGAUCAGCAUUCCUGUAACUCCAUCUGAACCUGCUCAUCUAAGAAAGUACCCCCAGCCCCUCCAGUGACUGGUCAGCACUGCUCCUUCUCUCUGACACCGGAUGCCCUGGCUAUCCCAGCAGGGCCAGAAGCCCCUGAAUUAUCCAGGCAUCCUCCUCCUUCCCUCCCCUUAAAAGCAGAAAUUUGGUGCUUAAAUGCCUGCAGGAUCCUCAGCUUUUAAGAGCUUUCAGUACAUCACAGAAGGCCCUACCUGGUUUUAUGCUCUCUGUGGUGUUGUGUUGGAGUGAUUUUGUUGGGGAGGAGAUUUGGGGAGGGGGUUGCUUUCCCUCCUUUUCCUCCACAAAAUUCACAGUUUCAGGGCAAACCUAUGUGGGUAGCAGAGCCCAGACAGGGUGUGGACAUUUCAUAGUGAUUUCUGUCUUUAAUCUAACCCAGCAGGGAAGUCAUUGCCAGUGAUGGGCCUGGCUUCUCUGCUGCUGUGUCUGUGUCAUUACUGUGCUCGGCUUCUCAGUAGGCUGCAGCCACCCCACCAGAGUCACCAGCACCUCUGUUUGAGCCAACAGUGACUUUUAUUUGUAUUUAAUCCUUGUAACUCCCAAGUAAGCAACAUCCUUAAAAAAGGAGGAGGUGAGAGAAGAGAGCUUCUUUCUUGCUGCUUUUUAGUCCUUGUCUGCUGACCUGCCUAUCUGGGCUCAGUGCUGGCCCUGGACUGAGAGACCCAUGAAAUGCUGUGAGACGCUAGUGGAAGGCUUAUCUUGUUGUAACCUUUAGGGGGAAUAGAGGAAAAUGUGGAGUGUUGGCAGAAGAAUGAGAUCAGCUGGUUUUGAGCUCUGUGCAGCCAUCAGUCAACUAAUCCAGUCUGUAGCAGGGGGGAGUGAAAAAAUACAAUUUUCUUUUUUGUUUAAACUCCCUUGAUUUUAUUUCCAACUGUAUUAGCAGUGCCAUUAUAUUCACUCCUGCCAUCAGUCAUUAGUUGUCCCCCAGUUAACUCGGGUUGAUGUAAGUGUUGUGGGUCAGGGGCUGAGGAAUGGCACUGGAGUUUGGGAGGGAGUGGGUGUCUGCCAUGCACUACCACAGUGCCAGUGUGUUGGGGCCUCAGGGAGAUCCAAGCUGAAUUGGGAAGGAAGGUCAGUAAAGGGUUCCCCCAUUCCUGGGUGCAGAGCAGUUUCUCUUUGCAGGCAAAGAAGGGACUGUCACCAUCUGUAGAGACAGAUGAGAACAGGGGUUUGUUUUCAGGGACAGUCAAAGCACUUGUAUUUCUCCCCUCCCCAGCUUCCAGUCACUGCCUCCAUCCUAAUACAGUAAUUUUCCAGAAACUCUGAGAUGCAGCAUCCUUACCAGGGACAAGUGAAGUGCCAGCCAGCAAACACAAGCAAGUCUGAAAAGCCUCCUUCAAGCGAGACGCCACUUCCAAGACAUACUUGAAAACACAAUUUUUUUUUCGCUUUCAAUGGAAGUCUAUUUAAUCCUUCAGCUGGUAAACAACCCAAUCUGUGGUGCACAGCAAGCUCUGGAAGGAAACCUCCUGAUUACUGAAGCUCUAUUUUGUUCCACUGGAAGGGGAAACUCAACAGCUUCACAUGGGCCACGAGGGAUGGGCCAGCGGCUCCAUAGCAUGGAAUACCCACAGCACAGGCAAAGUGCCCUCCAUGCUCCUAAUUCUGGUGCAAGUAGAGCUGUCAGUGGCACUCAGAGGAAAGGGCAGACUUUCCAUCAACAGCUAAGCCAUGUUGGAUUGUGGCAAAGUUCAACACUGCAGGAAGGGAAGGUACUCUCUUUUUUAUGCUAGGGGGCAUCACUGUAUUUAUAUAAUAAAUAUAAAUACAGUGCACAUAUGUAUGCGUAGACAUAGAUAAGCCAAAUGCCUAUUAAGUAUUAUAACCAUAUACAAAUAUAAUAACUUAAUAUAUAAUAUGUAAAUAUAAUAAUAAAUGCUCUUUAAUUAUUCUUGUAAUACAUACUUUAUACAUAUAUUCGUAUUACAUACAAUGCAUGUAUUAUCACCUAUAAAUAUUUCAAGUAUUUGCAAUAAUUCUAUUACACAUUAUAGUAUAAUCAUUA